AUGAACGAAUAUUGUUUGGGUUAUAAGAACUCGUCGAUACACAACGCCAUAUUAUCAACUCAUUCAAAUUCUUUGAAACAUUUGGGAUUUUGCGUGAUAAAUGAUAAUUCUUCGUUGAUGGGAUUAAUAUCAAAAUGUAAAAAUUUGGAAAUGUUGGAAGUUACUCAACAGGAGAAUCACGAGAAAACCAUUCGACGAGGAUUACACGCAUCAAGAAAAUCGCAUCAGGCACUUUUACCAUCAUACAUAACCAAAGAUAUAAUGGAUACGAUGGAACGUCAUAAUUCGGGUUUAACUCGUCUAAAUAUUUCAAUGAGAUCAAAUCAUAUACUCGAUUUGAUACAUUUAAUCGGUGGUUGGAAAUGUGCUAAAGUUGGAUUUGAUGCAUAUUCAUCGAGACGAUUUGGAUUACUUAAAGGUCUCGUUGGACAUUUUAAUCAUUUGAGAAAAGUUAAAUCAAAGAAAGGAAUUCCCGGUUUAAAUGGAUUGGUUGAACAGGAUUUUACCGUCGAAACGGGUGAUUUAGGUGUUUGCGAGACGAUGUCCAAAAACUUUCCGGACGAAUCAAAUAAGGACGGAAAUGACAAAUAUUAUGUACCAAUGAAUACGACUGCAACUAAUUUUAGCUGA